UGCGCAUGCGCAGAAACUUCAUUCCGCUAGCUGUCAAAACACUUCUUUUUCUCCUCUCCACGCCGGGCCAAACUUCAAGCAGCGGCGGGGUUUCCAACUUGUAACUAUCCACUACCAAACGAAACAGGGAAUAAUGCCUUUAGAUAGCUUUUUUUUGGGCAGACUUCAGCUGUUUAACGAACGGUGGACUCUCUUCGUCGCCUGAAGUUUUAACGUCUGCGGGAGAGACUGUUGAAAAGGCGGCGCCGCCCACAAGAAGACACUUAUUUUUUCUUUUUCUUUUUAGAUUACAGCAGCAAUAACGUAACUAUAUUGAGCAACCAGUGAGUAUGGAGGGUAAACUGUCGACUGGCGCGGUGUAGAGGCGAGAGGACUGCGGAGUUGGCCGCGGCGGGGCGGGUCGCUGCUGCCGUUGCGAUGGGCAACCGCGGGAUGCAGGAGCUGAUCCCGCUGGUCAACCGGCUGCAGGACGCGCUGGCCAGCGUGGGGGGGCAGGACUGCCGCCUGCACCUGCCCCAGAUCGCCGUGGUCGGGGGGCAGAGCGCGGGCAAGAGCUCCGUGCUGGAAAACUUCGUGGGCAGGGACUUCCUUCCACGGGGUUCAGGAAUUGUCACUCGAAGACCUUUAAUCCUCCAGCUAUUAAAUUCAAACACAGAGUAUGGUGAAUUCUUUCACUGUAAGGGAAAGAAGUUCACAGAUUUUGAUGCAAUAUGUACGGAAAUUGAGGCAGAGACGCGCAGACUCACAGGAUCAAAUAAAGGCAUCUCUCCUAUCCCCAUGACCCUGCGGAUUUACUCACCACAUGUGCUGAACCUUACUCUUGUGGACUUGCCUGGCAUCACGAAGGUGCCUGUAGGUGACCAGCCAGCAGACAUAGAGUACCAGAUACGAGACAUAAUCAUGCAGUAUAUCUGCAAGGAAAACUGUCUCAUUCUGGCAGUCACACCUGCCAACAGUGACCUGGCCAACUCUGAUGCGCUUAAGUUGGCGAAGGACGUUGACCCACAAGGUCUUAGGACAAUUGGUGUAAUUACAAAGCUGGACCUGAUGGAUGAAGGAACCAAUGCCAAGGAAAUACUAGAGAACAGGUUGCUUCCCCUACGGAGAGGGUACAUAGGGGUGGUGAACCGCAGUCAGAAGGACAUCGAUGGGAAGAAGGACAUAAAGGCAGCUCUUGAGUCAGAGAUGAACUUCUUCAAGUCUCAUCCAGCCUACAAACACAUGGCUGAAAGGAUGGGGACCCCAUAUUUACAAAGAACACUUAACCAGCAACUGACAAACCACAUCCGCGAAAACCUCCCAGCCUUCCGCACUCAUCUGCAGAGCCAGUUUCUGGCCUUGAAUAAGGAGGCCGAAGAUUACAGUCACUACAGUCCUGAUGACCCUGCACGCAGGACCAAGGCACUAGUACAGUCAGUUCAGUGCCUGGCGGUUGAUUUCGAGAAGCUUAUUGAAGGCUCUGGUGACAAAGUAGACACAGUUAAUCUCUCAGGAGGUGCUAGGAUCAAUAAAAUCUUCCAUGAGGGUUUCCCGCGUGAACUGCUCAAGAUUAAGUCUGAUGAGAGGAAGCUGCGACAAGAGAUCAACUACGCCAUCAGAAAUGUUCAUGGUGUCAGAACAGGCUUGUUCACCCCUGACAUGGCCUUUGAGGCCAUAGUGAAGAAACACAUAUCGAGUCUAAAAGGGCCGUGUGUUAAGUUUAUUGACAUGGUCACUCAAGAACUCAUUUCCACUGUGUACCAGUGUCUUGGCAAGCUCAGCUCCUUUCCGAAUCUGCUACACGAGACAGAGAGGAUUAUUGUCGCUGAAAUUCGAGAGCAAGAGUUGAAAUGCAGAAACCAGGUCUUUCUACUUAUCAACAUCCAGCUUGCCUACAUAAAUACUAAACACGAGGACUUCAUUGGCUUCACUAAUUCCCAGCAGGUGCCCAACAACAGUAAUACGAAGAGUUCUGCACGGGUGACUGGAAACCAGGGUGUGGUCCCUCGCUCAAGACUAACAAUUAUACGCAAAGGCUGGCUGACCAUCAGCAACAUUGGUAUCAUGAAAGGUGGCGCCAAGGAAUACUGGUUCAUCCUCUCUGCAGAAAGCCUGUCCUGGUUCAGAGAUGAUGAGGAGAAGGAGAAGAAGUACAUGCUUCCUCUGGACAACUUAAAGCUUAGAGAUGUGGAAAAGAGCUUCAUGUCCAGCAAAUUUGUUUUCGCUAUCUUCAACACAGAGCUAAGGAACGUGUAUAAGGACUACAAAUGCCUGGAGUUGGCCUGCAACUCUCAGGAGGAUCUGGACAGCUGGAAGGCAUCUCUGCUACGUGCCGGAGUCUACCCUGAGAAAGUCACCGAAAACGGACCAGAAAACCUCACAGAUCCUCAGCUGGAGCGCCAAGUGGAGACCAUUCAAAGCCUAGUUGACUCUUACAUGACCAUCAUCUACAAGACCAUGAGGGAUUUAAUGCCAAAGACCAUCAUGCAUGUCAUGAUCAACAGUGUGAAGGAGUUCAUUGGCUCUGAGCUCUUGGCACAGCUUUACGCUCUGGGAGAAAGCUCAGCACUGAUGGAUGAAUCACCAGAGCAGCAGCAGCACCGGGAGGAAGUGCUACGCAAACACACUGCCCUUAAGGAGGCACUCGCCGUCAUUGGCGAGAUCUUUACCUCUACCUGCACCACCUGUCUUCCUCCACCUGUGGACUCCUCGUGGAUACAACCAUCAAGUCCCUCUAAAAACUCAGUUACUGUUGGUAAACCCGUGGUUCGUGGCCAUGCUCCACCUGUUCCUCGUGUGCCUCACGCUGGACCCAGCGCUUCCAAUGACAGCAUUCAGCAGCUCUCUGGUCAACACAACCGCGCCAAAACUUUUGUACCAAGGAGGCAGCCCCCAGCAAUCCCAAGCGUGAAAUGAAUUUUUUCUGUUGAGACCUCCUCUGUCCAUCUGGCCAUGUGCUCCUUCCAGCUCCAACGGAGCUACCCAGUGACACCCUUGACCUGCAUGAUGUGAACUCCAGCUGAAGCUCUCCCCGACACUUCUCUCUGUCUCUUCUGAGAGCCGCUGUCUGCAAAACCCACUCCGUCCCGAGUCUGUUUUGUACAUAAUACAAAUGGCCAUAAAUGCUGGAAUGUGUGCAAUGGUCUGAUUUCUCCAAAGACCCAGAAUUUUGUAUAAAUACAAAUACUUUUGAUUUAUUCUACCAAGUGAGAACACUCGUGCACUGUUUGUUUUUAUGGUUUGUGAAUAAACGUCUGUUAUUUUUGAACA